AUGCAGGUCCCCCGGCCCAGCGUGCGUGAGGCUGCCUCCAUGUAUGGCACAGCCGUGGCCAUCUUCCUGGUCAUCCUGGUGGCCGCACUACAGGGUUCCGUCCCCGCCGAGAGCCCCUUCCCCUACCACAUCCCCCUGGACCCUGAGGGGACCCUGGAGCUCUCAUGGAAUGUCAGCUACGUGCAGGAGACGGUUCACUUCCAGCUCCUGGUGCGGGAGUUCAAGGCCGGGGUCCUGUUUGGGAUGUCGGACCGCGGUGAGUUGGAGAACGCCGACCUGGUCGUGCUGUGGACCAAUGGGGACAGUGCCUACUUUGGGGACGCCUGGAGUGACCCGAAUGGGCUGAUCCACCUGGACUCCCAGCAGGAUUACCAGCUGCUGCAGGCACAGAGGACCCCGGAAGGCCUGACCCUGCUCUUCAAAAGGCCCUUUAGCACCUGCGACCCCCGGGACUACCUCAUCGAGGAUGGCACCGUCCACCUGGUGUACGGAAUCCUGGAGCAGCCGUUCCCGUCGCUGGAGGCCAUCAACACUUCGGUCCUGCAGACAGGGCUGCAAAGGGUGCAGUUGCUGAAGCCCAACAUCCCCACCCCGGCCCUGCCCUCGGACAUGCUCACCAUGGAGAUCCGCGCCCCUGACGUCCUGGUCCCCGGCCAGGAGACCACCUACUGGUGCUACAUCAGUGAACUUCCGGAUGGCUUCGCCAGGCACCACAUCGUCAUGUACGAGCCCAUCGUCACCAAGGGCAACGAGGCCAUUGUGCACCACAUGGAGAUCUUCCAGUGUGCCGCCGAGUUCGACAGCGUCCCCCGCUUCAGCGGGCCCUGCGACUCCAAGAUGAAGCCCGACCGCCUCAACUACUGUCGCCACGUGCUGGCCGCCUGGGCCCUGGGUGCCAAGGCCUUCUACUAUCCAGAGGAAGCUGGCCUUGCUUUUGGGGGUCCUGGCUCCUCCAGAUUUCUCCGCCUGGAGGUUCAUUACCACAAUCCGCUGAAGAUACAAGGCCGGCGUGACUCCUCGGGCAUCCGUCUGUACUACACGGCCACUCUGCGGCGUUUCAAUGCGGGGAUCAUGGAGCUGGGCCUGGUGUACACGCCCGUGAUGGCCGUGCCCCCGCAGGAGAUGGCCUUUGUCCUCACAGGCUACUGCACGGACAAGUGCACCCAGAUGGCCCUGCCUCCCUCGGGAAUCCACAUCUUCGCCUCUCAGCUCCACACACACCUGACGGGGAGGAAGGUGGUCACCGUGCUGGCCCGGGACGGCAGGGAGAGGCAGAUAGUGAACAGGGACGACCACUACAGCCCUCACUUCCAGGAGAUCCGCAUGUUGAAGAAGGUUGUGUCUGUCCACCCGGGAGAUGUGCUCAUUACUUCCUGUACAUACAACACGGAGGACAGGACGCUGGCCACCGUGGGCGGCUUUGGCAUCCUACAAGAGAUGUGUGUCAACUACGUGCACUACUACCCCCAGACACCGCUGGAGCUCUGCAAGAGCGCCGUGGACACUGGCUUCCUGCAGAAGUAUUUCCACCUCGUGAACAGGUUCAACAGUGAGGAGGUCUGCACCUGCCCUCAGGCCUCCGUGCCCGAGCAGUUUGCUUCUGUCCCCUGGAACUCCUUCAACCGCGACGUCCUCAAGGCCCUGUAUGACUUCGCCCCCAUCUCCAUGCACUGCAACAAGUCCUCGGCCGUCCGCUUCCAGGGUGAAUGGAGUCUGCAGCCCCUGCCGGAGAUCAUUUCCAAACUGGAAGAGCCCGCCCCUCGGUGCCCAGCCAGCCGGGGUCCGAGCUCCGGUGGGCCCACCAUGGUCAGCAUUGGUGGGGGCAAAGGUUGAGUGGGGACCGUCUCCUUGCUCCCCCUUCCAUGCCGUUCCUGUGGGCUCAUGCCAGCUCUGUGCACCCGAACUCUCUGAAGACCCCCAUGAAACAGCUCUGUGUGCCCAGGACAAAGGGGCUGGCCGAUGCCCUGUCCUGAGACCACGGCCCUUUCCAGCAUUCUCCCCCUGCAUGGCCAAGAGGAUCCCGAGACAGCUCCCAGUUUACCCACCAGGACUGCGUGGACCAAGACCCCCUCCACAGCCUUUCGACGAAGUGAAAGGAUAACCCAGCUCGGUGGUCUAGAGUCCAGUAUCCCAAAAGCCCUGCUUAUCUUGCUAGGAGGGGCCAGUCCUCCGGGGACAAGCCACGCGUGGCUGUGGGCAGACUCACCCCACGUCCCCAGCCCCUACUGAUGGAGAAUUGUGCUGCUGUGUGCUGGGUGUACACACUAAACAUUUCCCUGCAGAGUGGCUCGUUCGUCACUGUGGGUGGCUUCCCUGCCCACGGAGGCAGGACAAGCCAUUUAGCUGGUUAGAGACUUGCCUGGGAAAUUGCUCCGUUGCAGGGUAAAUAGAUAUUUUCACCCACCUAAAGGGAAACGCUCCCAACAACUCUCGCCACCACCAAAGAUGAGAUGGCAAAGAUCCAGGAGAGCAUUAGGGCGCCAGCUCAGGGGAAGUGGAGUUAGUAGCCCAGGUUCCUGUGUCCUCCGUGGAACAAGCAGUUAACAGCCGCAGGCAUCGAACCCACGUUAGAAGCCCAUGCCGCCUUGCAGUGCACGUGUGACUUAGGCAGACCAUUUCACCCCCUGCCCCUCAGUUUUCUCCUCUGUAAAAUGGGGCCAGUGUGAUGCCGGCUAGCGAGACGGUAAAGCCCCCACACAGGGUGGCCCCCAGUGAAAGCUAACAGGGUGGCCUUGCUCCCACGAGAGAAAGUCUUGUCUGAGCACCCUCCCUGAGCGGGAGCGGGAACGUGUCUCACACUUCCCGGUCAGUCUCCACCUUCCUCCCCUCUGAGCUGCCUCCCAUUUAAGGCCAAGUUCGGCUCUCUGGUGGUUUCUGCAGGGAGUAACAGAGGAGGCUGUGUUCAGCCAGUUCAGCAAAAACUCUGCACAGCCUCUGGGGGAGAGAGAGGGUGAUGGAUGGGCCUUCGCGUUUCCCCCACCCGCCGCCCCGCUUUACACCCCAACAGACGUCAGCUAAGUGGCUGCUUCUCCUUCUGCGAACCACUUCAUUACAGAUGGGAACAAACGGGCCCAUACGCUCUGCACUGCAUCGUAUAAAUCAUGGCUUCCCGCACCGUAAGUCACAGGACGCGAUCGCUGUCAAAUGCCAGGUCCCGGCAGAGGCUGGAGAGCCGGCCGGCCCUCCGUCAUUUUUAUAGCCUCGGAUGACAGCGGAGGAGAGGCCUCUCCCAGGCUCAGGAGGGUGGCCUGGAGCAUCCCAGCCUCUGGCCUUGGUCUUCUGGCCCAAGAAGACCCCUUCCCUCUGAUCAUCGGUCUGCCGGGCCAGACAGGGGUCCUGGUCAGCCAGCACCCUGGGAGACACCGCAGGCAAGCCUGCCUCAUACCACCGACCUCUUGCUGGCCAUCACCCUUUUGUCCCCAAACACCCAAGAGGCACUUGUGGCAGUUCAGUCUCAUUGACGGGGGAAUCAAGAUUCACGGAGGAGAAAUGGCUUGCCCAGAGUCCCCUGGAGGAAUAGUGGUGAUGCGAAAUCACAGCCAGUUCCAGAAACUUCCACCAUCCACAGUGAACACCCCCCCACACACACACACUUUGCUCAGUUUCACACUCCCAGGCUGGACCUUCUCUCCCUCCUGAGCGCAGCCUGUUGGGCUCCUACAGAGACCCCUGCUUGAGCCCCGCCCCACCCAUCUCCUGGCUCCGACAGCGACCGUCCUCCCUGGAUUAUUAUACCCAAUUCUAUUGAUAAAGCUGCCACCACACACACUGGUUCUGUGACAACACUCUUAAUGAACCCACGACCUGGGGGCUGUUUCUGCUCCCACUGACAGAUGGGGAAACUGAGGCUUAGGGACCUAAAGUUAGGUGCCGAGAUUCCAGAGGGAGUCGUGGAGCCCAGAAGUAGCCCCGGGUCUGCUUGCAAAGUCUGGGCUGCCUACCUCCAUGUCCUCACUUAGGAAGCAGACACGCUCCCUGGCCCUUGUGACAAGGGCACCUGGGGAAACACUUUAUUACCUGAAACUAUUGUCAGGGUGAGGGGCUACCUUGACCAAGAGUUUCAUGACUCUCCCGGCUCCCCAGUCUUCUGACCAAUUGGGGUGGUGGAAAGAGCCAGGUGGGGGUGUGGGCUCCCAUUCCUCCCUCUGCUGUGUGGUUCUGGGAAAUUGGCUUUCCCUCUCUGGACCUCCAUCUCCUCAUCUGCCCAUUGAGGAGAAGGUUCCCCAGCUUCCUGGGAACAGGGGCUGCGAGGAUGUCAAGAUCCAUCAGCUGUGAGUCCCAGGCCGAAGUGUGCUAUGCAGGAUCAAUGUGGAGAGGGCCAGGGAGCUG